UAACCCCUAUUUCUCCUCUCCUCUUCUCCUGUGUUUCACUCCCUGAGUCGUUUUCUCUGAUCACUGAAAGAGAGAGAGAGACCUUAUUUGACAAAUAUCUCCUUUUUAUUUACCAUCUUUUAAUUCCCUCAGAUAUUCUCCUCCUCCUUCUUCUCUCCAGACAAGAACCCCAAAACGACAACGUUUAACAUCCAAACACCAGUAAGACGCUUUCGUACCUUCUUCCUCUUCGUCCUCCUCGCUGUUUAACCGAUUUAGAUUUUUUCCCUCACAAUGCCCUAAAAAAAAAUCCUCAAAUCAACACCACUUUUCAAAUUAAAAAAAAACCCUAAUUUCAAUCUCUACAUCUCUGAUGGGCUCCUCCUCCGAUAUCGUCCCUGACCGAUCUUCCCCCGGGAACCACCGCUCUCCCGCCGAAGACGACGCUUCUCCGGUCGCCGGUACCAAAAUUCCGGCGGAGCUCAGGAGAACGAGGCCUUCGCGCGCUUGCACUGUUAGGGCGCAGCAGCGGCUUCAGGAGCAGCAAGCGGCGGAGAGAAAGGUCAGGCCUUUGAAGAAGGAGUGUAAACGGAGGGAAGAAGAGGUUGAGGAGGAAGAUGAUGAUGAUGAGGAGGAGGAAGAGGAAGAGGAAGAUGAGAAUCAUCAGCGGCAAUGCGUUGGAGGAGGAGGAAGUUCAGGCAAAAGCAAAAUCGUUACUUCGCUUGUCCCGCCACCGGAGGCUUCGCAGAUGCCGCGGUGGAAUCUUAGGUCUAUGUGGGAACUUGCUUCCGUACUCAACUUCUUGCAUGUUUUUAGACCGCUUUUGAAGAUCAAUGCGGAGUUUUCAGCUGAGGAGUUUGAGACGGCUUUGCUGAAUCCUAACGAUACUUUAAGUGACAUUCAUAUUCCUCUGUUAAAGGCCAUUCCUCCUGUAACUAGAACGGCCCUCACACGUGAUACCUGGGUCACUGUCCUGUGCAGAAAAAUUAGAGAUUCCUGGCAUUGGGUCGCAGAAGGGGACCUUCCUAUUAUUGCCUCGCAAGGGCGGGAGAUUGAAGUGUACAAAUCCCUUGAUCCAGCCAUUCGUGUGGUGAUUUUGAAAGCUUUAUGUGAUAUUCGUGUUGAGCAAGAGGAUAUCAGGAGCUACAUUGACAAUUCCCUAAAAACUGGUGUUCAUGUGUCAGCUUUUCGCAAAGAUCGCGUUGGGGGUGAUUCACAUGGAGUUAAUUUUUGGUAUGAGGAUGAUCCCUUAGUUGGUCACCGUUUAUAUCGGGAAAUAAGGAAAGCAGAGGUGGUCAAGGUCAGAACGAAGGGUUCCAAGAUUCUUCCUAACGUAACAUAUCAAUGGGAAACUGUUGCCACUAAUUUUGAUGAAUUCCAAGAUGUUUCUGAGAAACUGAAUUCAAGUAGUAGUAGAAUUGAGAUUUCUCUAGGGAAGAAGUUAACUAGAGAUAUGCUUCCUGAGAUAGAAAAAGAACACAAGAGGAAAGAAAAAUUGUUGAAAAAGCAACAUAGACAGGCUCUUCUCCUGGAUAACUAUUUGGUUGUUGACGGUCUUGGUGCUGGCCGUUCUCUCCGUGACAGGAAGCCAGUUAGAUACACUUUUGAUGAUUAUGAUAGGUCGAUAAAUGAAGCUAUCAAGAUAACAAAGAAGAAAAAUCCAUCACCAGAAGAACCUUUUCUCCACAGAAGAGAAUCAGCCAGAUUGGACGCUCUUGCGAAUGGCAGUUCGACAAGUUCAGCCCACCUUACUGAACCUGUGAACGAUACAGCAUCUGCGGGAUCUUCUGAUUUUGCUGAUUCUGAUGAGUUCGAUGAGCAGAGAGAUGAAUCCAUGGACAAAAGUAACAGGCGCAGACAACGGCCCCAGAGGUAUUCAGCUACGGACUUUGUUGAAACUGUUUCAGACAAUGAUGCAGGAUUCGAGAGCGAUGAUGACAUUGUUGGGGAAGCAGUUUAUGAUGAAGAGUAUCUUAGGAAGCGCAAACGGAAGAAGAUAUCUAGUGGUUCUGAGGGAGAGGAGGAAAACGGGGAUGAAGAGUACAAAUGGGAUGAAGACAAUGCUGAGUACGAGGAAGAGGAAGAAGAAGAAGAGGAUGAUGAAGAUUCUCAAAGUAGCAGCGAAGAAGAUAGCGAUGAACCCCGGAGAGGUAAGAAAAUGCCACGGAGAGAAGCUAAGUCAAGAUCAAGAUCAAGGUCAAAUGAUUACCGGACAGGUCUGAGACGUAGUAAAAGAGCCACAAGAAUCGAUUACCAACAAUAUGAGUUCUCGGAAUCAGACAAAGAAGUAACAGGGGUGGCUAAACGGAAACGAUUGGUUGAGCCAGAUGAACAUUCCGAUGAAUCAGGGAAUGGGAACUUCACAAUGGGAAGUGAGGACUCGGAAGAAAAGGCAAAUGACCAUGAAUCAGAAUCUCCUGAUGAAGAAGUAGAAGAAGAGACUAGAGAAGUCAAUGACAAUGCAGAGAAAACAAAUGGCACAGAGAAUAAUAAUCAAGUGAACAAGUCAAACGGCACAGACCAAGAAGAAGUUGAGGGUGCAGUAGGCAAAAGGCAUUACCUCGAUUUAAACGAGCUUGCUCCUGUAUCUGGUUUUGAUGAUGGUCCAAGUACAGCUUUGAAGGAUGAUGAUAAGACAGACAACUUAUAAUCAAAGACAUAGAGACUGUCUUAAAGCUCCCUCUGUAAACAAGAUAUUUACGAGUUAUUUCUGGCAGAAACCUCUUCAGUUGAACGGUAAUCUGCAUUCAAGCAUAUAUAUAUGCCUUCUAGUUUUUAAGUUAUCAGGCAAACACGGCUGAUAAGUGAAGUGGAGAGGUCUCUUCUGUGUAGAUUAGUUAGUCAUUUUGUUCUUACCCUGAAAAGGAAACAAUGAAGAGGGUGAACCAGAGAUUCCUACAAGCUGUUGGUUAUGGAAUUAUUAUUAGUGUACAAUUAACUUUUGUAUUUAACCAUAUGAACACGUUCAGGGUCUCUUAGAUUUUGGUAAAACGAUGCAGCUUUGAGACUUUUCUGAAUGGCGUUAUUAUGGUCCAUGGAGUAAAAUCCUCUAAAAGAUGUGAAUCUCUUUUUAGCGUUGUCC